AUGGCUACGAGCGGCUGGUCUUCGACGCCCCGACGCGCCGAAGCCCUAGACGACGACGUCGCCGCCGCUUCACCACCGGCGGCGCGCAAGAAGCAAAGCGGUGCAAUCUGCAGCCGCUUCCACAGGCUGGACGUGAUCGGCUCGGGAGCCUUCGGCGUCGUGUACCGGGCGCGCGACAGCCGCACCGGCGAGAUCGUGGCGCUGAAGUGCCUCCGCGCCAACGCCAACUAUGACGACGACGACAGCGGCCACCACGUCUCCGCCUUCGCCAGCGAGGUCAGCGCUCUAGAAGCAUGCAGCGGCCACCCGUCCAUCGUGCAGCCGCGCGCCUCCGGCCGCCUCGGCGGCGGCGAGCGCUUCCUCGCCAUGGAGUUCGUGGGGCCGACCCUGCGGCACGUGAUGAAGCGCGACCGCUUCGGGAGACGGCACACCGAGCUGGAGGUCCGCCUCAUCAUGCGGCAGCUCCUCGCCGGCGCGCGCAGGAUGGACCGGCUCGGCCUGAUGCACCGGGACCUCAAGCCGGAGAACGUGCUCGUGGACGGCCGCGGGAGCCUCAAGAUCUGCGACCUGGGCCUGUCGUGCAGCGUGGCCGACGGGCCGCCCUACGCCAAUCCCAUCGGCACACCGGGGUACCGCGCGCCGGAGCUCCUGCUCGGGUCGACGGACUACGACGGGCGCGUCGACUCGUGGGCUCUCGGCGUCAUGAUGGCCGAGCUCCUGGCAGGCAAGCACCCUUUCCUCGGGAGGUCGGACACGGAGCAUCUCAGCGAGAUCUUGGACCUUCUUGGCACGAAAGACAUCAAGGAGUGGUCGGGAUACGACGACGGGCGGCGGCUUCCCGGAGGGUCUCAGUCAGAUAGCUUUCUGCGCUACAAGUUCCCUUCUCCGACCGAGUCCAGGACGACCAGAGGCCCGCCGGUGCUGUCGGAGGCUGGAUUCGAGGUCUUGAGCGGCCUUCUGAGGUGCAACCCGGACAAGAGGCUCACGGCGGGGCGCGCGCUCCAGCAUCGGUGGUUCAAGGAGACCAACCCUACCAGGGAGUAGUUGACGUGCACAAUGCACAUAGCUCAAUAGCUGCUUGUA